AUGCCGCAUGCGAUGCCUGUAUCAUUGGAAAUAUUCAAUUUUUUACAACAUGUUACUCCAAUUGGUACUCAAAUUUUUGAAAAUCCUAACCCAAAUACCUUUGUAUCUGUUCAUGUCAAAGGAAGCAAACCAGCUUGUGCUUUUGGUUACACUACGGUGCCUACUGACACAAUGCAUAGUAUGAAGAACAAAGCGGUAAUUAAGAUAACAAAAAUUGCUAUUCCUGGUACCACGAUGAUUGACUCUUUCGACAACACCAACAACAAAUCCCUGAGUGAUUUUGGUGACACACCUUUUGAAGUUCUUUUUAUUGCUAGUGAAGAUUGUCUUGAAAAUACAAGUAAUCAUGCAAAUCGCCCUGAAGAAACUUUGGAUACCAGCUUAAACAACUCUGAUGCUCAAAACAUUUUACCAUCAAGAGUACUUAAAGAUGUUUUCCAUCUCAUGGAUAUGAUCCCGAUUCAAAAAACGCAUGGAUUUUCCAAAGAAUUCUCAAGAAAGUUUAGAGAUGUCUUGUUUGUAAAUGACCCGGAAGAUGAAAGACUCGUGACGGAAGACUUGAAAACUAGAAACAUAUCUCUAGAAAAAAUGAUGGUGAAAAAUUCCGACUGGGUGCUCAAGAGAGUUAGACGAUAUGUCCCCAGUCCAUCCGAGCUAUACCCUGUCGUGAAAAAGCUUUUUGAGGUGUAUGGAAAUGCCAUUUGUUCUGUCUCUGGAAACAAGCUUUUUGACAAAAAGGCUUGGAAGGUGUCAAACAUGGUACUUGAAGCCAUUCGACUUGGGCAUGUCUCGGAUCCUCCUGGUGUCUCUUGGUACUAUCGAAUGAGCAAAGAUCAAAAUGGUCUUCAGGUGUACAGAUGCGUGAGAGGCACAAAUUCUGUUGAAGGAGGUGUCCAUCAGAAUAUCAUCCGAAAAUUCUCGUCCUUCAAUGCCAGUCCCGCUCUUACCGACUGUGUCUUAGCAGAUUACCGUCUCCGUCACAACAUAACAGUUGGGUCAAAAAACAGAUACGGCGUUAUUCACAAGACCCAUUUCUCGCCUUGGAUCAACCAAGCGAUUAAUUUUCUCAGGGCUGAAAUGAAACAAAAUGUAUUGCCCUCCUAUAGUGAUCCAAGUGGAAAUACACUCUUUCUUGCCGCAUCUUCAGAAACGUUCGGUAUUUGUCGUAUGCCAGAACAGCUUAUUGACACAUAUCAUAUGCAACGUAAUACUACAAACUAUGAUAAUGGAACAAAGAUAGCCGUUACUCCAGUUCAUACUGAAGAAGAAAUGGAGUUGUAUCUGUUAUUACGAAGAAAUAAUCCUUCGCUUGCAAAUCAAGUGUUCUCUGAAAAAACAUGGCAAGAUUUCACCAUCUUAUGGUCUCAGCAGUGUAAUGAUGGCAAGAAAAAAAAUAUUUUUUACAAAACACCAGAAAAUCUACGUCAUUACUUUAAUCAAAGAGAGGAUCAAAGCAGAUAUCUCAACUCAGUAAUUUUAAACAAAGAAAGAGUUGACUCUGCUUCUACCUUGAUUAAAGAAUCAUACGAAAAAAGACCACUUGAAGAAGCUAAUCGUUUCCUCCUAUUACCAGGACAAACAAUCAUGCCAAAUAUUCAAAACUCAAAAGAAAUACAUCAACAAGAUAACGCUUCGUCGACAUCCAAACCUCUUCCUAAAAUUAUGCCAUCUCAAUACAUCUAUGCACAAAACUCCAAUAUGCCUCCCAAUUUUAACUAUUCUAUGCACCCAAAUAACAUGUUUCCAUCUCGCCUACCUCAAAAUCUUAUGCCUCAAAACCUUAUGUCUCAAAACCUUAUGUCUCAAAACCCUAUGCCUCAAAACCCUAUGCCUCAAAACCUUAUGCCUCAAAACCUUAUGUCUCAAAAUCCUAUGCCUCAAAAUCCUAUGCCUCAUAACCCUAUGCCUCAUAACCCUAUGCCUCAUAACCCUAUGCCUCAUAACCCUAUGCCUCAUAACCCUAUGCCUCAUAACCCUAUGCCUCAUAACCCUAUGCCUCAUAACCCUAUGCCUCAAAACCCUAUGCCUCAAAACCCUAUGCCUCAAAACCUUAUGAAUCUACCUUUAAGCCCAUCACAUACAACGUCACGAAAACAUCGACUCCUUUAUUCCAAUACACCACCACCCACUGUAAUGUGUGAAUCAAACCCUAAGCGAAAAAAAACAAGAACAUGUGCACUUUGCCAUAGCAAUAUCUGCCCCGGAAGCUCUAAAAGAAAAUAUUGUACAUUGUUACUGGCUUGUUUAAGUGUAAAAGCGGUAACGUGAAGUAAAGAAAAAGAGUAGAGAUUAAGAUAAAAG